UGGCAAUUCACAAACAGCCUGAAGAAGUUUCGUGACACUUUUGCUGCCCAGUUCAUGGCCAAGGGUCUAGACGCGAUACUAAUGCCGUCAAGCCCGGUGCCGGCGUGGUUUCACGGUCAGGGCGCGGAGCUUGGCUCUGCAGUGUGCAGCUACACGUGCUACGCGAAUCUGCUGCAGUGGCCGUGCGGCUCCGUCCCGGUCACUAUUGUGCAUCCAGGCGAAGAACUCUACGACGGACGCUCGCCGAACAAUUUCGGAUCGCCACUUCCGGGACAGGCGACAACGGGAGAGACUGCCUUUUCA